AAAUGAAAAUAAAUUUCUGUUAAAAGAAAAAAAUGAAUGUGAUAAAACAGAUCUCAAUAAUCAACAAAUCAUCAAUAAAAACAAAAACUUGAAAGAAAAAGACUUUGAAAACAAAAUAUCAGAACUAAGACAGGAAAUACAUGGUGUAAAAAAAGAACUUUCUGGAUUUAUCAAACAUAAUAACCUCGAAAAAGAAAAAAUACGUAUAGAUGAAUCAUUAGAUAAUUUUAAAAUAAUCUACAAUGAAACCGAUUCAAUAGAGACGAUUGGAAAAAACAAUCUGAAGAAUGGAAAAAAACAAGCAAACGAAAUAGAAGAACAAUUAAAAGAAUGUGAAAAAUUUAAAAAAGAAGUGGAAGAUAAAAUUACCGAAAUUAUGAUAACUCAUCUCGACAUAA